AACAAAACGUCCACCUCAGAAGAGAUAUCAGAUACUCAGGUUUACUUAUAAGCUUUUACAAAUACGGAUUCAUAGUUAACACGCGGUAGCCAUUUAAACAGCACUGGAAAUGUACGGGUUUGUGAACAAUGGUAUGGACAAAGGUUCAUCGAUGGAAUCAGAUGACAGAAUAGAGCAGAUAGUAGAUAUCUACAUCACUGCAGAGGCUGUAAGAAACAUGAAGCAUGGCAAUAAUACAAAGGACUUUGACACUCAAAUAUCAGAAACUCAAACACCUCAACACACAGGAAGAAAUUCUGUCAAAAACAGAAGCUCCAAAGCAGCUCUAGUGUGUUUGGUGUUGCUGUGUUUUCUUCUGCUGACUGCAGUCAUAGUGCUGGGUGUCUUCAUCUAUACAAACAACACAAACUACACUGAAGAGAGACGCCAGCUACGAACCAACAUCACCAACAUCACAGAAGACAGAGACAAGUUCCUAACAAUCAUUACCAACAUCACAGAAGAUAGAAAACAGUUACUAAGCAACAUCACCAACCUCACAGAAGAGAGAAAUCAGUUAGUAACCAGCAAUACCAACCUCAAAGAAAAAAGAAAUCAGUUAGUAACCAACAUUACCAACCUCAGCAAAGAGAGAACACAGUUACUAACCAACAUUACCAACUUCACAGAAGAGAGAAAAGAGUUAUUUCAAAACAUCAGGAAUCUGUCGCUUGUGAAUGACCAGCUAAAAUUAAAGAAUCAUAAUCUGCUGAAAAAAAUUCACAUUGUUGAUGGUUGGACUUAUAAUCAGUCCAGUUUUUAUUACAAGUCCAGUAUAACAAAGACCUUGAAUGCGAGCAGAAGUGACUGUAUAGCGAGAGGAGCAGAUCUGAUCAUUAUAAACAACUCAGAGGAACAAGAUUUUGUUAAGAGAAUGUCUGGUGGUGCUGCAGUCUGGAUUGGUCUGAAUGACAUUGUUGCUGAAGGCACAUGGAGAUGGGUUGAUGGCAGCACACUGAACUCUGGUUUGAGGCUCUGGGUAUCUGAAACUAGAGAACCAAAUGGAGGCACAGGAGAGAACUGUGUUGUGUCUGUUGGUAAAGCGUCAGAAUGGCCUACUUUAUCAGGAUGGCUUGAUAUCUCAUGUGACAGAGCAUUUCAGUGGAUUUGUGAGAUGAAUAUUACACAACUCAUGCACAACUUAAGUGAUAACUGACUUACCUGUACAUGUAAAGCAGUGUUUCUCAUCCCUGAUCCUCAUGGAUCUAUUUUCUUUUAAUCAGUUCAGUCUGAUAUGCUAAAUUACAGACUCAAAAUGUAUGUUUUCAUCCAACCAUAAUCACCUUAUGAAACUGACUUUUUCCUGCCAUAUUAUAUGAGAUUCAUGUCCACCUUUUAUUAUUCAGUUAUACAUCAUCAGGCUGAUAUGAUUAAUCCUCUAGCAUAUGAAACUCAACUAUUGUAUAGUCUUAGGAUGUACUGUAAACUGUUCAAUUUGGAAGAUAAUUCACAAACAUCUGCCAUGGACAUACAACCUUCGAAGGUUAUCACAUGAUCAUUGUUAU